AUGGGCGCAGACGCGAGAGGGGGGGAUUCGCCCAUCCCUUUAAGUUGCAUCCACCGCCGCUUCAAAGGGAACGCGCGACCCGAGGAGGCGGGGCGCAUGCAAAUCUGGAGAAAGAAAGCUCCGCCCCUUCAGCAAAUCGCGCUCAUCCCUCUUCCCACCCCCCCCCUUCCGCCCACCUCCUGGACCUUGCGAGAUGGAGACACGCUCCGCCCCCAGGGGAAAUCCCGGGAGUUGGAGCGUGGGAAUUUCAAGGGUGGCGGCGUGGGGAAGGAGAGAGAUCGAGGAUCCGAUCAGCUCCGCAAAACAGCGCUGCAAGUUGGCACUUUUUUUGACACACGGACAGGGUGUGACCCACACGCCCUCUGCCACGUGGAACGAAGAGUGAAUGAAGAAACGCAGCGGGCUAGAGCUGGGCUGGACUUUGCGGGCAUCCACGCCUACCUCCCCCAACUGGGUGCCCACCGGAUGUUUUACGCUACCGUUCCCAAAGGACCCAUGGCCAAAGGUGAGGGCAGCAGUCCCCAGCAUCUGGUGGAUGCGAGGUUAAGAAAGGGGAUCUUCAUCCAUCCCCCCCCCCCACCCUCCAUCUUCUUAAGAACAGAAGAUACUGCCUUUGGUCCGUCCAGCCCCUUUUGCCUGCACAGACACAGACUGGAUGUAGCUUUCCAGGGUUUCAGACAGAGGCUGUCCUGGAGAUGCUGGGGAUGAAACCUGGGACGUUCUGCAUGCCAAGCAGAUGCUCUGCUACUGUGCUACAACCCUUCCCUCAACAGAAAAUUGCACUCUAUGGCACAACCCCAAAAAAUGUCUUAUUUCCAGCAAUGACCACGACUCACCACAGACUCAGCAGCUUAGCAGCACUUGAAGCACUCUAGGACCCUUUUGCCUCAUUUUACACACACACUUGGGAUGUGGGUGGCGCUGUGGGUUAAACCACAGAGCCUAGGACUUGCCGAUCAGAAGGUCAGCGGUUCGAAUCCCUGCGACGGGGUGAGCUCCCAUUGCUCAGUCCCUGCUCCUGCCAAACUAGCAGUUUGAAAGCACAUCAAAGUGCAAGUAGAUAAAUAGGUACCACUCCAGCGGGAAGGUAAAUGGUGUUUCCGUGCGCUGCUCUGGUUCGCUAGAAGUGGCUUAGUCAUGCUGGCCACAUGACCCGGAAGUUGUACACCGGCUCCCUCGGCCAAUAAAGCGAGAUGAGCGCUGCAACCCCAAAGUCGGCCAUGACUGGACCUAAUGGUCAGGGGUCCCUUUACCUUACCUUUUACACACACAGUUACACUUGCACUUUACAGGGCAAGCGACCCAUGUGUAAUGACCAAACAGUUUCCUGAUCUAAGCAGGAUUUAAAAACACACACUGCCAAAAGCUCUGAAACCUUCUUGAUUAAUUAAGGGGACUAGCUGUGAAGGAAGUAUCAACCCCAAUAAAACGCAACCAUCUAUGGGCUCUUGGAAGCUUCCAACAGACCAGUAAUGAGCUUGUGACAGAUUAAUAAAAAACAAAUUGUCGUUUUAUCCCAAGAUUUCACCGCUUCAGUUUCAGAACAAUCUACUGGCUUAGGGGACCUAAUCUGCUUUAAGUAAUUAAUAAAGCUAGCUAGCCACUGCCCGCCCCCAGUCACUGGGUAUCAUGUUUUCUCCAGUGGCAACAUAGGAAAGCAGGUCGCUGCCUUAUUCCAAGUCAGACCCAUUGGUCCCAUCUCACUCAGUAGUGUCCACACUGACUGGCAGUGACUUUCCAGGAUUUCAAAUAUAAUUCUCUCCCUAGGAGACGCUGGGGAUUGAACAUGGGACCUUCUGCAUGCAAAGCAAGUGCUCUCCCACUGAGCUAUGGUAGAGCCAUAGCUAGCAGGGGGCUAACAGGGUUUCUUUUGCCCUGGGUGAAGCCUCUAGAGGGGUGCCAUUGAGGCUCCCAGCCUGCCAACCUGUCUAGGCUUCAGGCCUUCACUUGCACACUCAGCAGCCUUCUUCCAUUCCUAAGCGAGCAGUUUUGCUUCCCCUUUCUUUUGAAGCAGAAGAAGAGAUGCUGAUUGACAUGGAGUUGGAAAACCUGGAGAGGCAAAAGUGA